AAGUGCCGACAAAUAUUUUCCAGCCUGCUGCACAUAUUAACCAAACUGAAAAAGACUUUGAGAAACUUUGAGGAAAAGAUUAACAAACAAGGAAGACAUUAUUUUUGUUUGGGUCAUUUAUAGAAACUCAUUUACUGUCGGAUCAGAGUCACAGUUUCGAACCCUCCCAUGGUUCUGUAGUUUAAUCACUUGGGUUUGUCACUAACAUUGUAAAGCACUGGGUUUGGUUCCUGGUGUUUAACUGGAUCUGAAAAUGAUGGAAGUGCAUUGCUGUGUAAAGUGCUUUGAGUACUUAAAACUGCCACUGAUUUGUCAAUCCAUUUGUCUUCAGUUGAUCAACGGCAUCGUGACAUCAGCACAUAUAACUGUAAGAGACCGACACAAGGCCCAGGAAAUAACAUCCAACCUGACAGACUUCAUGCAGAGGUAUAAAGAGUUUCAUGAAGACAUCAUAAGGCAGAACAAACGGCACAGCAAAGCUUUCAUAAAGGCAAACCUCAGCUGUGUCGAACAGUUCAGGGACUUCUUUGAGAAGCACGAUCUGUUCCCAGAGGAUGUGCAGAAAAACUGUUUGCAGGUCCUGACUGAGAUGAAACAGUCUGCCCACACUUAUUUAUUAACUCCUGUGCACAAGAUCCUCAAACCACACUACCAGAAGGUGGGAACCAGUGACUGGCUGAAGAAGAACACGUUUGAGAAGCUGCUGAACAGCACUGAAGACGAGCUUCAAGAACUUCAGGGUUAGCAGUCCUCUUACCAGGAGCUGAUUGGUCAGCUUUACCAGGAAAUGACAGUGGAAUAUGUCCAGAGGCUCCUGAAAGGAGAGGUCAAACUGAAGGACAGCAAUCAGCAGCAGAAGGCUUACGAGACUGUGCAAGAAAAUGGAGAGAGACUGCACGAGCUGUUUGCCAGAAUGGGAUCCAAACAAGACUGGUUAAAGGAAAUCCUGACCAAGAUUGCAGAAGUGCUAAAACUCCAAGAUAUUCCUGCCAUACAGAUGCAAAUCGUUUUACUGGGAUCUGCUUAUCCCGACCUCAG